ACAUGAAGGAACAGAACCCGCAGCUACGAUUUUUAAAAGUCAGUAACGCGGGGUAUGGGAGGAGUCAAAUAUAAGCAAGCGCAACAGCGAGGGAUCGGUCUGAGGCGGAUCUAGAAUUUCGUUAAAGGACAGCUCCUACAGCCAAUCAAGGACAGAAUCGGUGGCUCCUUCCGGGAGGAGACCGGAAGUUAGUUUCGGCUGCAGAGGGGAAGGCGGCUACCAGUGUAAAGCCAGAGCUGAGGUUAUUGUUAGUCCACAAUGGGUGAACCACAGCAAGUGAGUGCACUUCCACCACCUCCAAUGCAAUAUAUUAAGGAAUAUACGGAUGAAAAUAUUCAAGAAGGCUUAGCUCCCAAGCCUCCCCCUCCAAUAAAAGACAGUUACAUGAUGUUUGGCAAUCAGUUCCAAUGUGAUGAUCUUAUCAUCCGCCCUUUGGAAAGUCAGGGAAUCGAACGGCUUCAUCCUAUGCAGUUUGAUCACAAGAAAGAACUGAGAAAACUUAAUAUGUCUAUCCUUAUUAAUUUCUUGGACCUUUUAGAUAUUUUAAUAAGGAGCCCUGGGAGUAUAAAACGAGAAGAGAAACUAGAAGAUCUUAAGCUGCUUUUUGUACACGUGCAUCAUCUUAUAAAUGAAUACCGACCCCACCAAGCAAGAGAGACCUUGAGAGUCAUGAUGGAGGUCCAGAAACGUCAACGGCUUGAAACAGCUGAGAGGUUUCAAAAACACCUGGAACGAGUAAUUGAAAUGAUUCAGAAUUGCUUGGCUUCUUUGCCUGAUGAUUUGCCUCAUUCAGAAGCAGGAAUGAGAGUAAAAACUGAACCAAUGGAUGCUGAUGAUAGCAACAAUUGUACUGGACAGAAUGAACAUCAAAGAGAAAAUUCAGGUCAUAGGAGAGAUCAGAUUAUAGAGAAAGAUGCUGCCUUGUGUGUCCUAAUUGAUGAGAUGAAUGAAAGACCAUGAAAGAUGUUUCUCUUUCCUUUUUUCCUUUUGAUAAUGGCAUCCUAUAUUAGUUCAUUUUCUUUUGGACAGUCUUAAGAGAGGUUUCACUAAAAAUGUAAACAGCUUUAAUCUUGACUCCAACUUUUUCAAUUAUGAGAUGUCAUAGGCAGUAAUUUUGCUGUAUAACAAGCAUAGACAAAUGAGUACCCUGCACUAAGAAUAAUCACUUUAAAAAGCAAAGUGUUACCUGCUGUUGUAUGGGACAUUCCUAUGUUUUGGAGUUGCAGUAAAACUUUGAUGAUAACCUCAA